AUGGCUUUAACGUCUUUUGGCUCUUUCGGCCCUCGAACUGGCUCCUUGACAACGCAUGAUCCUACUUGGGGGGAUACAUUCUAUGCCGACGCUUUUUCUCGUUUCCGUCGAGAUGUUGACAGGAUCUUAAAUGAUUUUCAAAAUGAUGUCUUUAAUACUAGAUGGCCAAGCGCAAGUAAUCGGCAAACUCCUACAUACUAUCGGGAUUAUACUUUUCAACCUCGUGUUGAUGCCAGGGACGUUGGAGACGCUUUUGUCGUUCAUGCUGACCUUCCAGGAGUACCAAAAGAGAAUAUCAAUCUCAAUAUUCGUGGUGAUAAUCUUAUAAUUAGUGGUGAAUCUACGCGAGAUGAAUCUUAUGAUACCACUACAGGAUACGUUCAUGAACGUUCCUUCGGUCGUUUCUCGCGAUCUAUCGCUUUGCCAUUUAAUGUUAAUACUGAAAAAGCUGAAGCUAAAUAUGAUCAAGGUGUUCUAGAAGUCAAGCUUCCAUAUGAGGAUAAUGUUAGCCGUCGUCUGGCCCUAUCUGUGUUAGAAGGUGUACAUCACUUAUUUGACGAACCUAAUUUAAGCGCAAAGUUUAAAAAACUUCAAAACGAGUAUAGAGAAAACGACCGGAACUAUCGAAAUGAUCUAACUUCUCCAAACCUAUGUGAAAGUGGAUGGCACGACGAACAAAAUAAUGGGGCGAAAAAAGAAAGUAUUGUUGAUGAGUGA